AUGCCCGAGCUACUUUCUUUUCUACCUACUAUUCCACCCUCAAUUCCUUAUACGAGUUGCUACUGUGAAGAGAACGUAUGGAUGCUUGCUCGACACUUUCAGUCCGACCCCGAAAUUGUACGCAUCUGGCACAUCUAUGCCGUUUUCGUGUCGAACGCCAACAAGACGGUAGCACUAUGGAGACAGAAAGCCCGGCCGGACGUCGUUGUCUGGGAUUACCAUGUCGUACUCCUUGCCAGAUCAAAGAGUCGGGAUGGAGAAGAAUCGCAUUCAUCUCCGCCCUCUGCCUGGAUUUACGAUAUGGACACGACGCUGAGCUUGCCUUGUGAAGCUCGUGACUAUCUCAGCCAAACAUUCAUGCCCUGCUCCUAUAAAUACACGAGUCGCUUCCGAGUCGUUCCCGCAACCGUAUUCUUGGACGAAUUCGCCUCUGAUCGCUCGCACAUGCUCGCUUCACAACCCUACGAGCCACAAGAAGAUAUGGCGAAGGAGUGUGAAUACAAAAUGCCCCCACCACAAUGCCCGCCGAUCUGCGGUUCCAACGCCCGAUUGAAGGGCGUGAGGCAUAACCUCAUGACACACUUCGUCGACGUGACGGUCAAAGGCUUCGGAGACGUUGUCGAUCUCGCUCUUCUGACCACAUGGAUGGAGAGACCCACGAUUACUGUCAACUAG